AUGUAUCCAUCAAGGCCAACAAAGCCCUCCUCCACCAGUCCCAUCGUACACAAGCUGCCAUCAGCUACAAAAGACGAUCACAGGUACUACCCUUGA